UAUUCAUAAAGCCAUUAUGAGUCACCAUUUGUGCUAGAUCAUUGCAGUGUGUAACGUGGAUCGUUAACUACAGUUUCUCGUGACGAUUAUAGAAUUAAGCAAUUGUGUAAAACUUAUAAAUAAGAGCCAACAUUUUAAUCGAUGUCCAUGGGUGAAUUUCUGCGCAUUCCGUCGAUGGAACAGACCAAGGAAAUUGCUAAACAUUGGCUAGACGAUAAAAUCAAUACUGAUGAGCUGUUUGCAUGUGCCAUCUGCCAUAAUGCAAUAAGCGUGGAACACCCCAUCCAUUGUCCCCAGUGCUCCAACUUGUUCUGUGCCACCUGCAUAGAUCAGUGGUUCAACACCGGAGGCCCGCGGCCUUCCACCGUAUCAAACGUGAAACGUUGCCCAUGCUGCCAGGCGAAGGUCACCAUGAAUCAAUUCACCUAUUGUCGCGUCUACCAGGAGGUACGCGAGAUGAUCGACAGCCUCAACAAUAGUAUGGAAGAAUUGAUUCUGCAACUAAGAAAACCCGUUGUUUUCUGUGAAAAACAUAACAAAGAACUGAUAUUGUUCUGCCAGGAGUGCCAUAAGUGUAUCUGCGUAAAAUGUGUCUUGGUGGAUCGGCACCGCGGGCAUAUUGAUCAGGUGCUAGAAUUGGACGACGCUCGAGAAAAGCUGAAAAUUGCGAUCCUGAGGGAGAACAACUUCUUGGUCAACCGGCUGGCUGUGUUGAAUAAGGUGAACGCUCGACUAUUGACACGUGAAAACGAUAUGCACCGGUCCUGUGACGCAGUCGUUAACGAGAUGAACUUUGCGGUUGACGCUAUCAUCGAAAAGAUCCACGAAGACAAAGAUGAAAGGAUACAAAAGGAAAUAGCACCGGUGAAGGAAGCAACAAAACGACAACAGGAAGAAGUGGAGUCGAUCAUCCAGCAGUCUUUCGAGUUGGCUAAUGAGCAAACUAGUCCCGAUGUAUUGGUAAAAACCUAUCAGAUGAUCCAAGCCAUUAAAAAAAUGCACUACGAGCCGUUUCCUGUGGAGCAACCUCAAGAUAUAAAAUUUACGAAUCCGAUAACCCCGCCCCCACUGGAAGUGCGUUUUUCCGUGCCCUGCUUCUCGCAGCGAAUCCUCCGGUCCUGCACGGUAUUCUCCGUUCCGCAAAGCUUCGACGGUUUUAUGCUUCAGCUCAAGGGCUACCACGAUUCGGACGAGGACGUAAUCAAACUUUCGCUUCGCAUUCUCGAGGGCUACGACAUAAAUGACAUCAAAGUAGUCUGCUAUCCGAUGCGGGAAGGGGAACCCUUGGUCCGGUGUAUGGACUUGAAAAAGGGCGAAGACAACACGGUGCUGGAGUUUUCCAACUUUACCGAGAUGGGCGGCUUCCUGGAUACCAUGCUCGACGAGUUGAUCAUAGAGAUGAAGUUGAGCCUGUGGGGCACCUAUUACGCUAAGUGUGCUCACAAGGACUGGUGCAUCAAGAAGCUCAGUGGACUCAAAGAAGUCAUGGAAGAUAUUCAAAAAAGUUCAUGAAUCUAGAUACACAUUGUAAGAUCGCGCUGGACGUGACCCGUUGGUUAUAAGCAUAUCUAUUUAUGAUGACGUUAACUUUUUAGCAUUGUAUGAAAUUUUGUUAAUACAUAUUGUGCGAUAAUUGUCGAUCAGCAUAAGAAGAAUCAAUAAUCAAUCAUAUUUUAGUAAACGUAAA